AUGAGGACGAGCGCUGUCUUCUCCUGCGAGCCGGACGUCGCGGUUUCGCUGUUCUUCGAGAUGAACAUAAAAAACCUCCUCGAGCAGGGGGAGACAUCCUGCAGGCGUGGGCAGGGGCCUGCUCCCGUCGAGGUGGUGCUGGUCGGCGCUCCGGUCGUUCGCCGAAGCUGCGACAGGAACCUGGUGCAGGUGAUGGACUACAUGAAGGAUGAUGAGCUGGAUGAUUUCUUGCGGACAACGAUGCAGGUUGUGCCCGCGUUCCCUCCCCCGGGCCGCGACCGUUUCGCAGAUUCGGCGAUAUUCCCCCUCUUCCAUUACUCGCCGCCGUCGUUGGAGACGGGCCUGGGCGUCUACGAUUGGGAGGGCUAUGAGAUCGUCAACGCUGCUUACCGCGACGCAGUGCUGAAGGAGCACAUGCGUGGUGAUCUUGUCUGGAUCAACGACUACCCAUUGAUGUUGUUGCCCAAGAUGCUUCGCACGCAAAGGCCAGACAUAGCAAUCGGUUUUUACAUGCAUUGUGUCUUUCCUAGCAGUGAGUUGUACAGGAUCCUUCCCCAGCGCGAAGAACUGCUCCGGGGCAUCUUGAGCUCCAACAUAAUUGGCUUCCACAACUUUCAAUAUGUGCGGCGCUUCCUGACCAGCUGCACCCGCGUAUUGGGCCUCGAGUGUUCGGCAAACUCGAUCGAAGCGUGUGAGGACGCUGGGGGGACGUGCACCAAGGUUUUGUCAGUGCCCCUCGGCAUACACAUCCAGCCAUUCCAGGCAGUUUUGAAUCAGAAGGAGACGAUCUUGAGAGUCCAGCAGAUAAAGGACAGUUUCAAGGGCCUGCAGAUUCUGGCGGCCGUAGAUCGGCUGGAGGAGAAGAAGGGCAUUCCACACAAGAUCAUGGCGUUCCACAAGUUCCUGCAGAGGGAUCCCGCGUGGGCGCACGCGUGCGUCUUCGUGCAGAUCGUGGUGCUCCGGGAGGAGGCAAGCGAGGACGAGUCUGGGGAGCUGUCGGACGAGAAACAGGGCCUGCUCCAGCAGGUCUACCAGAUGGCAGGCGAGGUGAACUCCAAGUUCGGCUCUAUCGGUCAUCUGCCCUUCCACUUCCUCUACCAGUCGUUCAAGAAGGUCGAUGUGGCCGCGCUGCUCAGCGUGGCCGACGUGUUCGUGGACACUCCGCUGCGUGACACCCUGUCGCAGCCAGCGCAUGAGUACUUGUAUUGCCAGCAGGAAAAGGACUGUGGCGUGCUGAUCAUGUCGGAAUUCUCGGGGAGCGCCCAGUCCUUGCGCGCCGCGGCGAUCUCCGUGAACCCGUGGGAUACCGUGGGCUUCGCCGACGCCUUCCAGGAGGCGCUGGAGAUGGACGAGGAGAACCGCCAGGAGCUUCACCGCUACGGCUACAAGUACGUGACAGAGUACACCCUGAGCCAUUGGGCGAUGAACUUCCUGGAAGAGCUGCAGACCGCGGAGCACGAGACGGAGAGCGAGAGGCUGCAGAUUCCUCCGCCGCUGGACCACGAUUUGCCGGUCACUGCAUGGCGCAAGGCGAAGCGCCGCCUCGUCGUGUUGGGCUUCAACGGCACACUGUUGCCGAGGGGGUCCAAUACGCACGCAAAGAUCCUCCCGAAGUUGCCGUCGGUCCUGCGCGGGAACUUGCAGGUCAUCGCGCAGGAUCCGCACACGGAGGUGAUUGUGGUCAGUGGCUAUUCCAGGAGCACCCUGGCACAGGCUCUGUCCGGUGUGCCUUGCUGGAUCAUCGCCGAGGGCGGCGUCUGCCACCGGAAGCCGGGAGAGGAUGAGUUCGUGAGCGCGCUGGAUGAGACCGACCUGGAGUGGCGCGGUCCUGUGAGGGAGAUCAUGGAGUACUUCGCAGCCCGCACGCCGGGCUCGAACGUUGUGGAGACGAGUUCGUCGGUGUCCUGGCACUACCAGAAGACCCUCGGCGACCACGCCGCGCUUCAAUCCAAGGACCUGCUCAUUCACCUGUGGGCCGGGCCCUUGCUCUCUGCCCCAGCCGAGGUUGUCAUGGGGAAUGAAUCUGUGAGCGUCAGGCCGACAGGCGUGACGAAGGCACCCCAGCUCGAGUCGAUCAUCCAGCAGAUCUGCUUUCAGGCGACGGAAGACGGCGCGACGCGGAUGAAGGAAGAGUGGAGCAGCGCCAUCAGAAUAACAGAAAAGUGUGUAAUCCAACAUUUUCGCUGUCUGCGCGCAUUCUUAGGUUGGGCGCUGGAAUCCACCCCCCACGGCGCCUAUGGCGCUGCCCCCAGCGCGCUCCGCGCUCCAGGGGAGGGGGAUCCAGCGCCGACCCAACAAACCUGCUCGGACCUCCCAAAGUGUUGGUUAUGCAUCUGCUGGUUGUUCUAA